AGACGUGACAUCAGAGGAGCCACAGGCCACUUCUUCUCAUUCACCUUUUUCCACGUCCCAUUCAGCUUCUUCUCAUUCACCUUUUUCCACGUCCCAUUCAGCUGGGACAGCUUCUACUCAGCCUCUCAAGAUCCGUAUCUGUUCCUGCGCUUAGGGAAGUUUCCCUACACCUCUCACACCACCCAGGGGAGGAUGGGCCAGAGGACAGCUCUUCACUCCACCAGACUCCUUGAGGGACUCCUUCCAGGGAGGCCUGAGCUGGACGUCCCGAGAUGAAGGUCAUCACCGCCGCUCUGGUGUGCCUGCUGCUGGCCGGGGCAUGGCUACAGGAUGUGGAUGCCAAGAGCAUGCAUGUGUCAUCCUCCAAGUGUUGUUUCACACUGGUGAAGAGAAAGAUGUCCCUGCAGAGAAUCCAGUGUUACAAGAACACCAGCUCCACCUGCUCCUACAAAAACCAUCUAAUAUUGAAGCUGAACGGAGGCCGAGAGGCCUGUGUCUCACAGACAAAAUCGUGGGUUCGGGCUUAUUUAAAAAGGAUAAACCCCUGCCAGUGAAAGGAAAUAUGAGCUGAUUCUUUUCCAUCCUGGACUCUGGAUACCGUGUGGCUUUACCUGUCCCCUCAACGCCCAACCCUACACCAGUCCUUCUGCCCCAACUUUGCCGGGUCACGCCAGAGGGUCUGCUGGGUCCUGAUAAGAUAUGUUGUCGCACUUUAUAUAGUUAAAUUCUAGAAUCUUCAACUUCUGCCUCCCUGUGCCUCUUGGACCCCACAGGGAUUUCAGGGUGCAAAGCUGAUUGACAUUGAGGGGCUGGGGUCAGGGGCCGGAGAAAAGGAAACAUGUUGGACCAGGUGCCAGGAGAACUGACUUCUCAUCAUAGAAGCCAAUAAAUGACUUACAUCUCUCAGCUGACUGCCUUGUCCUGGGGGAUAAGCGUCAACUCUGGGUUGUGAUGUAGAUUCCCUGUGGGGCUGGGUCCCCAUUUGGAUGCAGGAUGUUCUCCAUCACCCCCGCCCACUCUGCGCUGCCCAGAGGGUUCAGAGGCUGAUAAUAUCCAAAAGCUGCCCUAGCUGGAAGGGAUCUUGGGCAUCAUGUGCCUGUAAGACGAUGCUAGCCCAUUGUAUAGAUGAGGUGACUGAGGGCUGGAGAGGGACACCCACAGGCCUGAGGACACGCAGAAAGUCAGGAUUAGAUCUGGCAUUAGAGCCCAGGGUUCCCGCUGCUCGGCUGCUUACAAAACCAAGCUCACAAGUGUUGCUAGAAAGGAAAGUUGCCGUUAAUCAGAAUGCUGGCAAUCUGGGGAGAUGGUGGACUCAGUGUCCCCCCAAAGCCACCUCC